GCUCUUUCCACUAGGCCACGUUGCUUUCUUAACUCCAGUGGCUAAAUCAGAGGAAGAGUCAGAUUAAAAUGAGCACGUCUUCUCCCUCCGGUACUGAGGCAACGUGACUCAUUCUGAAACAGCUCUCUGUCCCCCGAGGGAUCCCUGAGGUCAGAUUACUGGCUUUGGAGCCCCCGAAGUGUGGAGAGUAGAGGGAGGGGUAGGGCAGUGCCCAGAGCUUUUCUCUGAUCUUUGUCGUGAACCAGAGGCGUAUGUUGCUCUUGUCCUUUCAACAACUAACUGGUCUUGCCAGGGUUCUGUGUUCCAUUUUUGACCCGACCGGCUUUUGGCCCCAUUGACCCGCGAUCGGUGUUUGAGUUUGGAUCUGUCCGUCUGCACCAAAGUGUCGGAGUGGCACCGAGGACAGGCGCGGUCCCUCCUGUGGGUGCCUGUCUGCUCUGCCCGCCUGCAACCGUCCCCGCUCUCCCGGCCCCAUUCGAACUCCGGCACUCCCCAGGUUCCUGCUCCGGGACUGAGCGUUUUGUUCCGCCAUGUCGGAGGGGGAGGCUCAGACGGCACCCAGCAGCGGCUCGGACCCGAAGGCGGAGUCCUCCUCGUCUGCCCCCGGCCUGACUUCGGUGUCGCCCCCGGUGACCUCCACAGCCUCAGCCGCUUCUCCGGAGGAAGAAGAGGAGAGCGAGGAUGAAUCCGAAAUCCUGGAGGAGUCGCCCUGCGGACGCUGGCAAAAAAGGCGAGAAGAGGUGAACCAGCGGAACGUGCCGGGCAUCGACAGCGCGUACCUGGCCAUGGAUACGGAAGAGGGCGUGGAGGUCGUGUGGAACGAGGUGCAGUUUUCUGAGCGCAAGAACUACAAACUCCAGGAGGAGAAAGUCCGGGCUGUCUUUGACAAUCUCAUCCAGUUGGAGCACCUCAAUAUCGUCAAGUUCCACAAGUACUGGGCCGACGUGAAGGAGAACAAAGCCCGGGUGAUUUUUAUCACCGAGUACAUGUCAUCUGGAAGCCUCAAGCAAUUUCUGAAAAAGACCAAAAAGAACCACAAGACCAUGAACGAGAAGGCCUGGAAACGCUGGUGCACCCAGAUCCUCUCGGCCCUCAGCUACCUGCACUCCUGUGAUCCCCCCAUCAUCCACGGGAACCUGACCUGUGACACCAUCUUCAUCCAGCACAACGGGCUCAUCAAGAUCGGCUCUGUGGCCCCCGACACCAUCAACAAUCAUGUGAAAACUUGCCGAGAAGAACAGAAGAAUCUACAUUUUUUCGCCCCAGAGUACGGAGAAGUCACCAAUGUGACAACGGCCGUCGACAUCUACUCCUUUGGGAUGUGUGCCCUGGAGAUGGCGGUGCUGGAGAUACAAGGCAACGGGGAGUCCUCCAACGUGCCACAGGAGGCCAUCAGCAGUGCCAUCCUCUUGCUGGAGGACCCGCUCCAGAGGGAGUUCAUCCAAAAGUGCCUGCAGCCCGAGCCCACUCUCCGCCCCACCGCCCGAGAGCUCUUGUUCCACCCGGCGUUGUUUGAGGUGCCUUCGCUCAAGUUGCUUGCUGCGCAUUGCAUCGUAGGACACCAGCACCUGAUCCCCGAGAACGCCCUGGAGGAGAUCACCAAGAACCUGGACACCAAUGCCGUACUGGCCGAGAUCUUUCCGGGAUCAAGCAGGGAGGUCGUCCGGAACCUGUCCCAGUCUCCAGCUUUGGAACUGGAUAAAUUCCUUGAGGAUGUGAGGAAUGGGAUCUAUCCUCUGACGGCCUUUGGGCUGCCUCGGCCCCAGCAGCCCCAGCAAGAAAAGGUGACCUCUCCCGUGGUGCCGCCUUCCGUGAAGACUCCGACACCUGAGCCGGCUGAGGUGGAGACCCGCAAGGUGGUGCUGAUGCAGUGCAACAUUGAGUCGGUGGAGGAGGGAGUCAGGCACCACCUAACACUGUUACUCAAACUGGAGGACAAACUGAACCGGCAUCUGAGCUGCGACCUCCUGCCCAAUGACAACGUGCCAGAGCUGGCUGCGGAGUUAGUGCAGUUGGGCUUCAUCAGCGAGGCCGACCAGAGCCGCCUGACUUCUCUGCUGGAGGAGACUCUCAACAAGUUCAACUUUUCCCGGAGCGGUGCCCUCAGCUCAGCUGCCGUCACAGUCUCCUCGUAGCGCUCCUCCUCCCCGGGGUCCCCUCCGCCCGCCCCCCGUCCCGUCUGUGCUGUGGCUCUCCCCAACCGUGCUGCAGUUUCCCCCUCCCUCGGUGGUGGGAGUCAGUAUUACCCAGUGCGGCCCCCUCCCCCCUUGGUUAUUUAAGAGGGGAUGGGGUGGAGGGGUGUUCAGAUUCUGAGUCCCACUCCUCCUCUCCCCCCCAACCUCUCCUCUUUACCCCCCCUGCACUUUGUUUACUUGUUUUGCACAGAACCGGGCUGGGGGAUAAGGGCACCCACCGCCUGCGCCCUUCGGGGUGGGCGGCGUGGCCGGAGCGAUCACUCGGCCUCCCCUAGUCCGGCCGGCUUGUGCUUGAGGGGUCGGGGGG